AUGGCUACUGACGGUGAAAAAGACGAGUGUCAAAGUUGGCUUGCCAAACAAGAUUUGGAUAAAGUAGGAAUUGACAAUCUCACACCACUCACUGAAGAGGUGGUUUCGCGACAAGCUACAAUUAAUAUUGGAACUAUCGGUCAUGUAGCGCACGGAAAGUCAACACUUGUUAAAGCAUUUUCAGGUGUUCAUACUGUCAAGUUCAAGAAGGAACUAGAGCGUAAUAUUACAAUUAAAUUGGGAUAUGCGAAUGCUAAGAUUUACCGGUGUUCAAAUCCUGACUGUCCUCGACCAGGAUGUUACAGAUCUGCGGGAAGUUCAACUCCUGAUAAAUUUCCAUGCGAAAGAAAUGGAUGCGGUGGUCAGUUCACGUGUGUUCGUCACGUUUCUUUUGUUGAUUGUCCUGGUCACGACAUUCUUAUGGCUACCAUGCUUAACGGUGCCGCGGUUAUGGAUGCUGCAUUCUUACUCGUCGCAGGAAACGAGCCAUGUCCUCAGCCACAGACCUCAGAACAUUUGGCUGCUGUUGAGAUUAUGCAGCUUCGCCAUUUGAUGAUUCUCCAGAACAAAGUUGACAUCAUCAAGGAGUCGCAAGCUCGUGAAAAUUACGACCAAAUUACCCAAUUUGUUCAAGGAACUGUUGCUGAGAAUGCCCCGGUCAUUCCAAUUUCCGCUCAGCUGAAAUAUAAUGUCGAUCUGGUUUGUGAAUACUUGUGCAAAAAAGUACCAGUCCCAGUGCGUGAUUUCAAGUCUCCUGCUAGACUCAUCAUUAUUAGAUCGUUCGAUGUCAACAAGCCAGGAUCAGAAGUUGAAGUGCUGAAAGGAGGAGUUGCUGGAGGAACUCUGACCAAAGGUAUUCUGAGAGUUGGACAAGAAAUUGAAGUCCGACCUGGCAUCGUUUCAAAGACAGCCAACGGACAAAUUCAGUGUCGGCCGAUUUUCUCUAAAAUUGACUCGCUAUUUGCCGAGAAGAACCAGCUGGAAUACGCAGUUCCCGGAGGCCUUAUCGGAGUCGGAACCAAAAUUGAUCCAACGUUGUGCCGUGCUGAUCGUCUUGUUGGUCACAUUUUAGGAGCCGUAGGAACUUUGCCAGAUAUUUUCAUUGAUAUCGAAAUCUCAUUCUAUUUGCUUCGACGUCUUUUGGGUGUCCGAACUGAGGGUAACAAGAGAGGAGCCAAGGUUCAAAAAUUGGCUAAAGAUGAAACUCUUUUGGUGAACAUUGGAUCAUUAUCUACUGGAGGUAGAGUUGUUGCUGUCAAGAACGAUGCCGCUAAAAUUCGAUUAAGCGACCCAAUUUGUACAGAGGUUGGGGAGAAGAUUGCGAUGUCUCGUCGUUUCGAAAAAAGUUGGAGAUUGAUCGGUUGGGGUACAAUUCGCAAAGGAGUCAAAAUUGAGCCAACUCUCGAUUAG